GCCUCUACAUGCGAACCAACACUGAGCCCUCCUCUUGGCCACCAAAUGUCCAGUUCAUCGCAGUACCACAAUAUCAUACAUCUGUCACUUCUGUUAUGCGGUCUUUCCUGACGAAGGUCAAAGUCCCUGCCGAUAGCCCAUCCUCGAGUGCAGUCUCAUCUUGCCAUUGUAGCCAAUUCGGGUUGUUUGCUGCGAAGAACAUUGCUCCGAAAAUCCAUAUACUUGACUACAUUGGCGAAGUGCAUUGCGAUGACAGACCCACCUCGGAUUACGAUCUCUCUCUUUACCGCUCUCAAGAUGGCGUGAGUGUCGGGGUGGAUGCAAGCAAAGUUGGAAACGAGGCCAGAUUUAUCAAUGAUUAUCGCGGAGUAAAAAGUAAACCUAAUGUUGUCUUCGUUGAUCGCCGAACAUCUUCUGGAGAACUACGAAUGAGCAUCUGGAGCUCGGCUGCACCUAUCAAAAAGGGAGAGGAAAUCUUGGUUUCAUACGGAAAGUCAUGGUGGCGUUCUCGGCAGUCGGAGACAAGUGACAGAGAUGAUCUAACUAUGGAUAUGGAUAUGAAGUAGGCAUGUUGGUAUCAUAACCAUCUCCAUGACUGAUGCGAUAGACAAUUUGUAGUUUGGUUGUAAUUCAAGGGGUACGCACCGGCGAAUUCC